GUGCGGUGUGAGGAAGCAGCGAAGAGAAAUCGUGCAGGAGUUUGAGAGAGAGGGAGGACAAGUGUCCGAGGAGAGUCUGCGGGCUUUUCAGAUUCUUUCCUGAGGACAGCCCUGGCCGGCAGGCUGAGUGUUAGCCAUGCUGCGACAGCAGGACCCUACAGCCAGUACUCUGCAUCUGGUGGCCACAGACAUGACGGAGAUCAUGGAGAACCUAGACACACGUGAGCUGGACAUUGGAGAUGGAGAGGAGGUGUAUGAUGGGCAGGAUGGUAACAACUCAGACUUCCGCGUCCCCUUCUCUGCUGUGUAUAAGACGACAGGCUUCAAAGAGCCGGGGGCCCGAGUCUUCCUCACGUCUAUUCCCAUCACUGCCAAAAUUCUGGAGGUGGAGCGCUUCGCCUCUCCACAGGACCGCUUCAGUAUCACCAACCAGAGGAGUGUCUCUAAGUUGCUCCCUGCAGUGUUCAGAAUCGAAUUGAGACAUGGGAACUUCACCUGGGUGGUGAAAAGGAAGGAGAAGCACUUCAUGGAGCUGCACAGAGAGUUACGAACCUAUAAGACCUUACUGAGGAUUCCUCUGCCCUCUCGCACGCACACAGAGCGGAGGCAGACGGUCAGACACACACGUCAGAUGCCCACUCUGCCAAGAGGAGGAGGGGAUGAACUGGUCAGGGAGGAGCAAGUGUCCAGCCGCAGGAGACAGCUGGAAGAUUACUUGAAUAAACUGCUAAAAAUGCCAAUGUACAGGAACUACCAUGCCACAAUGGAGUUCAUUGAUGUGAGUCAGUUGUCCUUCAUUCACGAUUUGGGACCAAAAGGCUUGGAGGGCAUGGUUUACAAAAGGUCAGGGGGUCACCGUAUUCCUGGACUCAACUGCUGCGGCCACAGCAAAAUGUGCUACCGCUGGUCGAAACGGUGGCUGGUGGUGAAGGACUCCUUCCUCCUGUAUAUGAAGCCUGACUCAGGGUCCAUUUCAUUCGUCCUUCUGGUGGACAAAGAGUUCUCUGUCAAAAUGGAUUCCAAAGACACAGAGACCAAGCAUGGGGUUCGUGUUGACAGCUUGUGCAGGUCUGAACUGGUUCUGAAGUUCUCCAGUUACCGCCAAGCCCGCUGGUGGGGCCAGGCCAUCGACGACUUUGUGCGCAAGUAUGGCAGUGCCUUCCUCCAGGAACAUCGUUUUGGCUCCUUUGCCAAAGAAGCAGAAAACAUCCCUGCCAAAUGGUAUGUAAACGGUAAAACGUAUAUGGAAGAUGUGGCAAAUGCACUGGAGGAAGCUGAGGAGGAGAUCUUCAUCACUGAUUGGUGGCUGAGCCCUGAGAUUUUCCUCAAGAGGCCCGUCGUUGAAGGCAACCGCUGGCGCCUCGAUUGCAUUCUGAAACGCAAAGCACAAAAAGGAGUGCGGAUAUUUGUGAUGCUGUAUAAGGAAGUGGAACUGGCCCUAGGAAUCAACAGUGAAUACAGCAAAAGGACUCUGCUGCAGCUCCACCCCAACAUCAAGGUGAUGAGACAUCCUGACCAUGUGUCAUCCACUGUCUACUUGUGGGCUCAUCAUGAGAAGAUUGUGGUUAUUGACCAAUCAGUGGCCUUCGUGGGCGGCAUUGACCUGGCGUAUGGGCGCUGGGACGAUCGGGAGCAUAGACUGACCGAUAUUGGCAGUGUGACCAGAACUCUAAACACUUCUGCAGAGAAUGUGGGGGAGGCUUCUCCUACCAUGGCUGCGCCUUCAAACGGUCCAGGUCCGCCUCAGAAUGGUAAAAGCUCAGGCUCAGAGUCAGUGGAGCAGCCCAAGCUGAAGGGCUAUGGGAAGAACAAGAGAAGUCGCUUCAGUAUCCGUAAGCACCUGCAGAAACACGGCCUGGCCCCUGCCGACAGCGUGAGCAGCAUAGACAGCUCAGAGGAAAGUUAUUCUAACAGUAUUUGCAGCCAACAGAAUUUGAUUCCACUUAAAUGGAUGGAGUUGAGGGUGCCUAUACCCUCUUGUCUAUGUCAGGCUGAGGCAGAAUCAGCGCAGGAUCUGCAGGCUGAUGUCAUCGGCCUGAUGGGGAAUACACGGUUCUGGCACGGCAAAGACUACUGCAACUUUGUCCACAAGGACUGGAUCCAGCUGGAUAAACCAUUCGAUGACUUCAUUGACAGGCAUAUCACUCCCAGAAUGCCUUGGCAUGACAUUGCCUCAGUGGUUCACGGAAAGGCUGCCAGAGAUGUUGCGCGGCACUUUAUUCAGCGCUGGAAUUUUACCAAGAUCAUGAAGCCGAAGUACAGGUCCCUCUCGUACCCAUACCUCCUCCCCAAAUCCCACUCUACUGCUAAUGAGAUCAAAUACCAGGUCCCAGGCUGCAUCCCUGCUAAUGUUCAGGUGUUGCGGUCUGCUUCAGACUGGUCAGCUGGUAUAAAGCACCACGAGGAGUCCAUCCACAAUGCCUACGUCCAUGUGAUCGAAAACAGCAAACACUACCUCUACAUCGAGAACCAGUUCUUUAUAAGCUGUGCUGACAACAAACUUGUCUACAACAAGAUUGGUGACGCCAUUGCCCAGCGGAUCAUCAAAGCAUACCGGGAGGGUAAGAAGUAUCGUGUAUAUGUGGUCACUCCUCUCCUGCCUGGCUUCGAGGGAGAUAUCAACACAGGAGGAGGGAGCGCCCUCCAGGCCGUCAUGCACUUCAACUACAGAACGAUGGUUAGAGGAGAAUGUUCCAUCAUAUCCCAGCUAAGGAAAGAGAUGGGAGAUCAGUGGAUGAAUUACAUCUCUUUUGGUGGUCUAAGGACCCAUGCAGAGCUGGAGGGCAAGCUGGUUACGGAGCUGAUCUAUGUCCACAGCAAGAUGAUUAUUGCAGAUGACAAUACCGUCAUCAUCGGCUCGGCCAACAUCAACGACCGCAGUAUGCUGGGGAAGAGGGACAGUGAGGUGGCUGUCAUCUAUGAGGACACUGAGACUGAGACGUCCGUCAUGGACGGACAGGAGUACCAGGCGGGGCGAUUUGGACUGCACCUGCGUCUGGAAUGCUUUAGGAUGAUUCUGGGAGCUAACACAGACCCCAGCAUAGACGUCACUGACCCCAUCAGUGACCAGUUCUACAAGGAGGUGUGGAUGACCACUGCUGCUCGCAAUGCGUCCAUCUAUCAAAAGGUGUUUCGCUGCUUGCCCUCCAGUGAUGUGCGGACAAGCCUGGAGCUAGAGGGCUACCUGGCCAAGCCAGGCCUGGAUAAGGAAGACCCUGCACGGGCUAAGGAGGAGCUAAAGAAGAUCCGUGGCUUCCUGGUCCAGUUUCCUCUCUACUUCCUCAGCGAGCAGAACCUUCUGCCUCCCAUUGGCUCCAAGGAGGCCAUGGUGCCCAUGGAGGUGUGGACCUGAGAGGCUGAAUAGUUGUUCGUCCGGGACUUGGACUUUCCACGACACAGUGUUUAUCAGCCCAGGGCACUGUUGAUGAAGGACUGCUCAGAGACUCAAGUGGGUUUUAUUCCAGGUGGGAGAAACGGAGACCAAAGGAGAAGAGAUGAGUCUCGACUACCAAUCAGUUAAUCAAGCGACACUGAUGAUACUAGCCAGACUGAUUUGCACCGUCCGAUCUGAAAGUGUGAUUAAUAUUCUUUAUUGUUUAAUAUCGUUUCUAACACUAUGCAAACUGGAGCAAAAAAACUUACUACACUGCUCAUAACUGCCGUAUGUGGCUCACUCUGAACAGCGUACACGAGGAGUGUGUGAAAUAUGAUCUCUGACCUCACAGUUUGAUUAGAUUCAGAUUCUUUAAGAACCAUAAAAUCACUAAAUUGUAAUACAAUUCACUUCAAUUUGGUAUUGUUUGGUGUGGUUCAGAAUUAUUUUUUAUAUUGCACCAAAUGCGCAAACUACUACACAGUUGUGGAACAUAGACAACAGGGACUUGAAGCCAUGACGGCGGCAGGGAUGGAAAAAGACUGUGCUGUUCUGGGCCAUUAACGAAGUUUUAGCGCUGGUUCUUGCUGCCGAUGUCUGCUGUUCUGCUCUGGCAGAAAUAUCAGUUUGCCGUAGUCACUAAAACAUGGUAUUUCAGUGAGAAUUUAGUAUUUAAAGUGAGUCAAUUCCACAUUUUUCUUGUGUGUUGAGUCACGUUUUAUUUACACUAGACAACAACACUAUUGCUUCACUGAGUUCAGUGCAGAUUUUUCAAAGACAAAAUUUAAAGAAUUUAAAAAUUGUUUGCAUAAUUAAGUGGUUUAGAUGUAAACAAAGCCAUUCAAAGUGGUUUGAUGUGGAAUACUGUAUCUUAACCGUAGGGCUGGGCAGUAUGACCAUCAUUUAUCGUCAUGGUGAUAAAUUAUGUCCCAGUAUGUCCCAAUAUUCUUUUCUGAUCAUAUGCAGGACUUAAAACACACUUCCCACCUGCACGUUUGAUUACAAAGAGAGCAUCAUUAGUCCUGUUUAAUUGGAUUUAGUGCAGCACAGUGUGUGAAAUUUUGAAUGCAAGUCAUUGGACUAAUAGUUUUUGAUGGUAUAUUUUAAAUAUGGCUCUACACUGUCUGUUCCAACUUACCAGGUGUUAAAAAUAUAUCCGUGACAGAUCGCCUAUUGUAAGACGUUCCUGAAGUAUCUUCAUAUUAAACUUUUUUUCAUAUUGCCCAGCUUAAGUAGCUUAAGCUACUUAAGUGAGUCAGAAUUGUUCACAGUGGUGGCGAUAGGAACCAGAGUUUAAAGUUUCUAGAAAAAAAAAACUGUUUUAUGAAAUAGUUAUGAAUACAAUGAUACACACUGUUUUGCGUUAAUUUUGACGGUUUUGGCCUAAAACUUAUUUCGUAAAAGCCAGAGGUACUUGCAGGGAGUUACAGGGCUCAAUAGUCCCUAAAAGAAAACUUAUUUUUUCAGAUUUAUCACUAUUUUAUCAUCAUCAAGUUUACUUAUAAAACCUCAGAAGACUCGUGUUGGUUCGCUGGUGGUUUAGGUCAGUAAAUAAAAUGGCUAUAUUUAUGUUGUA